CCUUUGCAAGCCAGCUGCCCGGGCCGGGGAAGAUUGGCAAAACUCCUGAAUCCAGAAGAGAUGACAUCAAGAGAUUAUUAUUUUGAUUCGUACGCUCACUUUGGGAUUCAUGAGGAAAUGUUGAAGGAUGAGGUGCGCACAUUAACAUAUAGGAACUCCAUGUAUCACAAUAAACAUGUGUUUAAGGAUAAGAUUGUAUUGGAUGUUGGAAGUGGCACGGGGAUCCUCUCAAUGUUUGCAGCAAAGGCGGGAGCCAAGAAAGUGUACGGGAUUGAAUGUUCCAGUAUAUCUGACUACUCAGAAAAAAUCAUCAAGGCCAACCAUUUGGAUCACAUAAUCACAAUAUUUAAGGGCAAAGUAGAAGAAGUUGAGUUGCCCGUCAACAAAGUAGACAUCAUCAUCAGUGAAUGGAUGGGUUACUGCCUUUUCUAUGAGUCCAUGCUGAACACAGUUAUCUUUGCCCGAGACAAGUGGCUGAAACCUGGCGGGCUCAUGUUUCCAGACCGGGCUGCUUUGUAUGUAGUAGCAAUUGAAGACAGACAGUACAAGGACUUCAAAAUUCACUGGUGGGAGAAUGUGUACGGCUUUGACAUGACCUGCAUCAGGGAUGUUGCCAUGAAGGAGCCAUUGGUGGACAUUGUAGACCCAAAGCAAGUGGUGACCAAUGCCUGUUUAAUAAAGGAAGUGGAUAUUUAUACAGUGAAGCCAGAGGACCUGGCGUUUACUUCAGCAUUUUGUCUCCAGAUUCAGCGCAAUGACUACAUCCACGCCUUGGCUACGUACUUUAAUAUAGACUUUACAAAGUGCCACAAGACGACGGGAUUUUCUACAGCUCCAGACGCUCCUUACACCCACUGGAAGCAAACUGUGUUCUACUUGGAAGACUACCUAACUGUAAGAAGAGGGGAGGAAAUCUUCGGCACUCUGUCCAUGAAACAAAAUGCAAACAAUGUGUGCCAUCUCUUCGUGUCCCCCUAUUCUCCUCCCUCUGUCUUCCUUGUGUUUGUGAUUCUUCUGCUGGCAGUGUUUCCGGCUCUGCCACCACCACAAGGGCCUGGAAUCGAUCCUGAGUUCUAA